AUGAGUAACCGAUCGUCCCCGGGUCUAACAGACCUCAUUUCAUCAUACGCCAUCUUACCGACCUUAGCGACAUGGGUAUCAACAGUGGAUCUUUACCACCUCGCACUCACAAACCGCGUCCACCACUCGCACAUUCUGGGCUCGCCAACAUUGUUCAAGAAGCUCCGGAGCUUCUGCCUCUGCGACGGCCGCGGCCUCAUCAAGCGCCAGAACUUCCAAAGUCCGUAUCGCAGCAUCCCGCGGGCAGGAGAGUGGACAAGAAACUCGCACCUGACAAGCGACGAGGAGAUUGAAGUGAAGUUGUACAACGCCAAAUGCGACGAGGGCGGCGCUCUCCCCUGCGUCAAGUGUGGGAUCAAUAUAUGUGAGGAGUGCAGAUACUAUCGCCGUGCCAAACCGUCCUACCAGACCAGACGCCCGCACCUCGACAACGCGCGCCAGAUCAGUAACAUCAUGUGUCUGUGUCCGAAUUGCGAUUCUGCAGUAGAGGAAGAAGCCAAGGGGCAGUUUCUCUAUGAGUUAUGCAACUGCGACCCCUGGGCAAGAUGGAUCUGCACCCGCUGCAAAACAGAGGAGUCUGUCUUUGACGCCGAGUACUUCGGAAAUCACACCCUGAAAGAAUUCCACUGGGAAGAUCUGGGGACGGGAGAGAACGAGGAUCCCGGCAGGCGUAAUCGGGAGAGAGGUACUGCACAUGGUGACGGAGAGGGAGAGUCCAGCGACCUCGACGAGCAGGAGGACUCCGGCAGUGAUGAUUGGGAUAGGCCAUCUAUGACCAUCAUCGACCACGCAUUUGAGGUAGCGGAUCCAGAUUAUCCCAACUGGACUCAGGACGGCAACGGCCACUACCCGAACCCAUAUCCGAAACUAGGCUACACCCACGAAGGAGAUGACAUUCAGGAAACAUCCGUCUGA